GCCCUUGCCCGCCUUCCUACCACCUUAGGGAUUUGGCACGGAGAGCGGGAUCGCCCUCUCAAUGAAAGGCAGAUGUCCCUUUAAGGUUUGCUUUGCAGCCCGCGGACUUUAGCCUAAACACGGCCCGCGAAGCUGGCUUUAUUUGUCCAUGUCUCGGACGGAGCCUGGGAGGCUGCCAGUGGGAUUUCAGAGACCGAGAGCGCGAAGGGGCGGGCGAUGUGGCAAUCCGUCUGGGAUGUGAGAAGCGUGGAGCGCGUUUAGAGGCAUUCGACGAAAACACAGGAAAUCACUCCUCUCGCGCUCCCGGGCGCCGCGGCCGGCGGGGGCCGAGGACCGAGGCCGGGCGGAGUGGCCGGGCGCGCAGCCUCCACGCGGGCACUGCCAGGUCCUGCCCUCGGAGCGGCGCGUCCCGGGGCUGCCGCUGCGGCCAUGGCCCCCCGGCGCUGCGCCCGCCCAGGGGUCGCUGUCGCCUGCUGCUGGCUCCUCACCGUUUUUCUAGGCUUCUGUGCAUCAUUCAAUGUUGAUGUGAAAAAUUCGAUGACUUUCAGUGGUCCAGUGGAGGACAUGUUCGGAUAUACUGUUCAACAAUAUGAAAAUGAAGAAGGAAAAUGGGUGCUCAUUGGUUCUCCUUUAGUUGGCCAGCCCCAAAACAGAACUGGAGAUGUCUAUAAGUGUCCAGUUGGAAGAGGUGAAUCGUUACCUUGCAUAAAGUUGGAUCUACCAGUUAAUACGUCAAUUCCCAAUGUCACAGAAAUAAAGGAAAACAUGACAUUUGGAUCAACUUUAGUCACCAACCCAAACGGAGGGUUUCUGGCAUGUGGGCCCUUAUAUGCCUAUAGAUGUGGACAUUUGCAUUAUACAACUGGAAUCUGUUCUGAUGUCAGCCCCACAUUUCAAGUUGUGAACUCCAUUGCCCCUGUACAAGAAUGUAGCACUCAACUGGACAUAGUCAUAGUGCUGGAUGGUUCUAACAGUAUUUACCCCUGGGAAAGUGUUACAGCUUUUUUAAAUGACCUUCUUGAAAGAAUGGAUAUUGGUCCCAAGCAGACACAGGUUGGAAUUGUGCAGUAUGGAGAAAAUGUAACCCAUGAGUUCAACCUCAAUAAGUAUUCAUCGACGGAAGAGGUACUUGUUGCAGCAAACAAGAUAAUCCAGAGAGGCGGCCGCCAGACUAUGACAGCCCUUGGAAUAGACACAGCAAGAAAGGAAGCAUUCACUGAAGCCCGGGGUGCCCGAAGGGGAGUUAAAAAAGUCAUGGUUAUUGUGACUGACGGAGAGUCCCAUGACAACCAUCAACUGAAUAAGGUCAUCCAAGACUGUGAAGAUGAAAACAUUCAACGAUUUUCCAUAGCUAUUCUUGGCAGCUAUAACCGAGGAAAUUUAAGCACUGAAAAAUUUGUGGAGGAAAUAAAAUCAAUUGCAAGUGAGCCCACUGAAAAGCAUUUCUUCAACGUCUCUGAUGAAUUGGCUCUAGUCACUAUUGUCAAAGCUCUGGGAGAAAGAAUAUUUGCCCUGGAAGCUACAGCUGACCAGUCAGCAGCUUCAUUUGAAAUGGAAAUGUCUCAGACCGGCUUCAGUGCUCAUUAUUCACAGGACUGGGUCAUGCUUGGAGCAGUAGGAGCCUAUGAUUGGAAUGGAACAGUUGUCAUGCAGAAGGCUAAUCAAAUCAUCAUCCCUCAAAAUACAACCUUUAAAGUUGAGUCUAAGAAGAAUGAACCUCUUGCUUCUUAUUUAGGUUACACAGUCAGCUCUGCCGCUGCUUCUGGCGAGGUGCUCUACAUUGCAGGACAGCCUCGGUACAAUCACACAGGACAGGUCAUCAUCUACAGGAUGGAAGGCGGAGACAUCAAAAUUCUCCAGACCCUCCGUGGAGAACAGAUCGGUUCCUACUUUGGCAGUAUUUUAACAACAAUUGACGUUGAUAAAGAUUCUAAUACUGACAUUCUUCUAGUCGGGGCCCCCAUGUACAUGGGAACAGAGAAAGAGGAACAAGGAAAAGUGUAUGUGUACGCACUGAAUCAGACAAGGUUUGAAUAUCAAAUGAGCCUGGAACCUAUUAAGCAGACUUGCUGUUCAUCUCUGAAGCACAAUUCAUGCACAAAACAAAACAAAAAUGAGCCAUGUGGGGCUCGUUUUGGAACAGCUAUUGCCGCUGUAAGAGACCUCAAUCUUGAUGGAUUUAAUGACAUCGUGAUAGGAGCUCCGCUGGAAGAUGAUCACGGGGGAGCUGUGUACAUUUAUCAUGGAAGUGGCAAGACUAUUAGGAAAGAGUAUGCACAACGUAUCCCUUCAGGUGGGGAUGGUGAGACACUGAAAUUUUUUGGCCAGUCUAUCCAUGGAGAAAUGGAUUUAAAUGGUGAUGGUCUGACAGAUGUGACUAUCGGGGGCCUUGGAGGUGCUGCCCUCUUCUGGUCUCGAGAUGUGGCUGUAGUUAAAGUGACCAUGAAGUUUGAACCCAAUAAAGUGAAUAUUCAAAAGAAAAACUGCCUUGUGGAGGGAAAGGAAACAGUAUGCAUAAAUGCUACAGUGUGUUUUGAUGUGAAAUUAAAAUCUAAAGAAGACACGAUUUAUGAAGCUGAUUUGCAGUACCGUGUCACCCUAGAUUCCCUAAGACAGAUAUCACGAAGUUUUUUCUCUGGAACUCAAGAGAGAAAGAUUCAAAGAAACAUCACAGUGCGAGAAUCAGAAUGCACUAAGCACUCCUUCUACAUGUUGGACAAGCAUGACUUUCAGGAUUCUGUGAGGAUAACUUUGGAUUUUAAUCUUACUGAUCCAGAAAAUGGGCCUGUUCUUGAUGAUUCUCUACCAAACUCAGUACAUGAACAUAUUCCCUUUGCCAAAGAUUGUGGAAACAAGGAAAAAUGUAUCUCAGACCUCAGCCUGGACGUAUCCACCACAGAAAAGGGCUUGCUUAUUGUCAGGUCCCAGAAUGACAAGUUCAACAUCAGCCUCACAGUCAAAAACAAAAAGGACAGCGCCUAUAACACCAGGACAAUAGUGCAUUAUUCUCCAAAUCUAAUAUUUUCAGGAAUUGAGGCUAUCCAAAAAGACAGUUGUGAAUCCAAACGUAAUAUCACAUGUAAAGUUGGAUAUCCUUUUCUGAGAAAAGGAGAAAUGGUAACUUUCAAAAUACUAUUUCAGUUUAACACAUCUCAUCUCAUGGAAAAUGUGACCAUUCAUUUAAGUGCAACAAGUGACAGCGAAGAACCUCCUGAAGCCCUUUCUGAUAAUGAAGUAAACAUUUCUAUCCCCGUAAAAUAUGAAGUCGGUCUACAGUUUUACAGCUCUGCAAGUGAAUACCAUAUUUCAGUUGCUGCCAAUGAAACAGUCCCUGAAGUUAUUAAUUCUACUGAGGACAUUGGAAAUGAAAUUAAUAUCUUCUACUUGAUCAGAAAAAGUGGACAUUUUCCAAUGCCAGAACUUAAGCUGUCAAUUUCAUUCCCCAAUUUGACGUCAGAUGGUUACCCUGUGCUGUACCCAACUGGAUGGUCAUCUUCUGAUAAUGCAAACUGCAGACCCCGUGUCCUUGAGGAUCCUCUUGGUGUCAACUCUGGAAAGAAAAGGACUAUAUCAAAAUCUGACGAUCUCAAACGAGGAACAAUUCAGGAUUGCAGUACAUGUAAAUUUGCUACUAUCACGUGUAAUCUCAUGCCUUCUGACGUAAGCCAAGUGAAUGUUUCGCUUAUCUUGUGGAAACCAACUUUUAUAAAAGCCCAUUUUUCCAGCUUAAAUCUUACUGUAAGGGGAGAACUUCAGAGUGAAAAUACAUCACUGGUUUUAAGUAGUAGCAAUCAAAAAAGAGAGCUUGCUAUUCAGCUAUCCAAAGAUGGGCUACCGGGCAGAGUGCCAUUAUGGGUCAUCCUAUUGAGUGCUUUUGCUGGAUUAUUGCUGUUAAUGCUGCUCAUUUUAGCAUUGUGGAAGAUUGGAUUCUUCAAAAGACCACUAAAGAAGAAAAUGGAAAAAUGAAAUAUUUUGUAAGAGAAAAAAUAACAAUUAUUCAAUGAUCUAUCCUCAGGUUUGCCUCAAAUAUGUGACAAGAAAUUUAUAAAUAUAAUUAAAGACAUGAUCACAUAACUCUAUGUAAUCCAUCAGGGAUUAAUCACUUGGAAAAUGACAGAUCAAAUAUUAUCCAAAAAGAAUAACACAAAGAUAUAUUUUAUAAAAUGAUGAAAAAUAUUUUUAAAUAGUUACUCAUUUUUGUUGAGUAAGCAAAGUUACAAAGUGUUUUAAAGAAAAAGAAUAACUUGUACAAAUAUGUUUAUAUAUUAAAUCACCAUUCAAAGUAUUUAAGGAAUGCAUGAAAAGAUUUUUAUUGAAACAUUUACAUCCAAAGCAAUAUAAAUGAAGAUUUUCCCCUUGAUUCCUGAUGGAUAUCCAUGUUAAGCAUGACAGUCAGCAUUUGUAAAUGCCAAGAAAGGAAUUACCUGAAAAAGGUCACUUUCCCCAAUUCAAAUGAGACAGUUUUCUUCUGGUAGAGUCCAUAUGUAAUAUGGACUGAAAUAGAAUUAAAUCACAAAGAAUACAUUCAGCAUCUUUGUGUUGGGUUUUGUGCUUGGAAAGUUUUUUUUCCCCCCAAGGUGAUUGGAAAAUAGUACAACUGAGCUGAAAUUCUAUGUAGGAUGGAAAAUCAAGAAAGACUCAUUUUAAAACACGUGCACUGAAUGGAUUAAUUUAAGCUUUUACAGAACUUGCUUAAGUUUGAUAUUAAAUUCUAAAUGUACAACUCUUUUGUACUGAAAAAACACUUAAAGCAGUUUUUUGUGGCAUAACAGUGAUUUGUCGGGAAAAGCCAUGUUGUGUAGGGGAUACGCUAACAUGGUUUCAGAGUAGAACAUGGCAGCAUAAAUAGAUGCCACCAAGAUGCUAAAACCAUCUUUGCUGAGUUGCUUUUAAAUGCUAGGGGUUCCAGGAUGUGACCCAGAGUAGGAAUUGUCUCAACUCUUUGGUACAGGGUUCAUUCGGACCCCCAUGCUGUGAGGAUAUGCUUAUGUCUGACUUUUUAAAAGGUAUUUAAUUUCCAAACACAAUUCUCAUUUUCAUGAGAAGGCAGUAUUCCAUUUCAGCAUUGCAUUUUAUGGAGAAGUCACUGCUUUUUGAGUGUGGCAUAUCAAUAUUUACAUAGAACCCCAGAAAUGUAUUUUAAAGAAUUUGCGAUUUGAAAGCGCAAACCAACAGAAAGAUAUC